AUGGUUUCAUUUCUCAUUAACACUACGCAUCUUCUUUCGUUUUUUCCGUCACGCUCAUGCAGGCAGCAAAGAUCCUCGCAAACUUGCUUGUAAUGGGUUCGUCAAUAAUGGGAAGAGCUAUAUUUCAAGCUUACAAGAAGGCACUUGAGAGUAAGUUUUAUUAUUUUUCUCUCGCGUUAUUUAGCUUUCCAGAAGAUUUCUGUGGUCAGGCUGCGAGGAGCGAAAUUUGGAAAAUAUCUCAUUAACAUCUGGGUGCUUUGUUUCAGAUGCCAGUAAAAGUGGUGUUGCUCAGGAAGCUGCGCAGAACAUCCGUAGAGGAAGCACAAGCAUGACCGAGCAGGAAGCUAGACAGAUAUUGGGGAUCACUGAGCAGACGACCUGGGAAGAAGCCAUGAAGGUCUGUUGAUGUUGGUUUACUCCCGUCAUGGAGAGGGUGUUUCGUGAACCUUUUCUUCUGCUUAACUCUAACAACUUGACUUAACUUCGAGCUAUGUGACCUGGGAAGAUGCUGUAUAGCGUCAACCCCGGGAUGACCAACUGUAGCGAUCUGUGCCCAUGAAUGAAGUCAGAUGCUCGUCUCAGAUCACUGACUCUAACAAUGGUUUGUCUCUGUUUUGUGCCGACGCAGAGGUACGAGAACAUGUUUGAGAGGAAUGCGAGGAGCGGGAGCUUCUACCUCCAGUCGAAGGUCCAUCGGGCCAAGGAACGCUUACAGGCCGUGCUUGAGAACCAGGAGCAGCAUUAA